AGUCCUCACGCAUGCGCACUGCUUGCAAGGCGCAGUACCCAUACGCAUAAUUCUCCAGCAUCACUCACUCCUUUACAGCGCAGCAAGGCUAUCCAAAACACUACGAAAUGGCAGACCCAAGAAUACGGCAGGUGAAGAUAAAGACCGGUGUUGUAAAACGGUUGGCCAAGGAGGAGGUCAUGUACAUAAAAGAGGUCAAGCAGCAGGAAGACAAGAUUGAACGCCUCAAGGUGGAAGAUAAGGACUUGUGUCCUCAUGUCCUCAGUAAACAGGUGGAGGUUCUCCAGGAGGCCAAGAUGAUGGUCCCAGAUUGUCACCGCCGUCUGGCCAAGGCCCACGCAGACCUGGUCCAGCUGAUGGAAACGCUGGAGGACUUGGCUGAAUCAGAGGAGUACAUAGAGGCCAGGAGCAUAUUGGACUCAGUGAAGCUUGAAGGAUGAUGUUCUUGCCGUGCGAUGCACCACUAAAAUAUCCAUUCCUUUCGUCAGGCCUUGUUUGGAAACACGGGAGCAAUCAGAAUCAGUCGGCCUCCUUGCAAUUACCAUCGUCGACCCGCCGCUCCUUUUUUACAUGUUUCACUUCACUGUAGACAAACCCAAGACCAUUGAAACGAACACAUUGUGUUGUGUUCGCUUUCAAAAUAAAACUUGUGAUUUACUUGCUUAUGAAAUCGUAUGUUUUAAUAUCGGCGUGUUAUUUUUUUGUUUGAGCAUUGCCUUAUUGUCUGCUCAACCAGUUCUAACAAACAUGUGGAAUUAUUUCACAUCAUUUAUUUAUAGUCAUUGUUAUAUUGCAAAGUUUGGGGUAUAUUUUACACAUUUGAAUUAUACUGGAAGGGGAAUAUUUCAUUUGAAAAAUCAGCUUGCAUCAUUUUAUCCUCUGCACAGAACUCUUCUGCAAUAUCAAUAAUGUAAAUCGAUGGUCUGCCAUGUUCCUGCAUGCUUUAAGAUCUGCAUAUCAAAACCUGUAUGAUGAACAAAAUAUAAACUUUACAUUCGG